AUGAUCUUUUAUGUUCCAAAAGUGGUUGAGCAGGCUCACUCUUUGUUGGAUCAGUUACACCGAUAUAAACUGUCUUCAGUAAAAGAAACAAGUUUGCAAAUGGUUUGUUACAAUCCUCAAUCGGGUUUUUAUACUUCAUCAAUUUCGAUUAAACGGCCAUUAAUCAAAGAUUUAUGUCUUAACUAUGGAGAACAAUUUAUUGAAGUGCAUGAAAAAUUGCUAAAACGACUCAAUGAAACCGAUUCAACUGGUAUUACUUUCUUACAUGGGCCACCGGGAACUGAGAAAACUUAUUAUAUUCGCUAUUUAAUUCACGAAAUUAGUGAGAAAAUGUUGAUCUAUAUUCCACCAGAUUUAGUGACGGCAAAUUCGGAGAAUAUCACACUUGAUCGUAAAGAAAGUGUCAAUCCCAAUCAAGCUGUUAGCAAUCUGCUAAAUCUUAGCGAUGGAUUUUUAGGUGAUGCAACGCAUCAGCAAAUAAUUGCGACAUUUAAUUGUGAAAUCAAAAACAUCGAUCCCGCUUUAUGUCGCGAAGGACGUUUAUUAGCUGAACAUAAAUUUGAUAAAUUAUCAGUGGAAAAUAGUCAACGUUUAUCGAAAGAAUUGGGCAUUGAAAAAGCAGAUCAAAUUCAAAUACCAGUGACUUUAGCGGAAAUUUAUGCGAAGAAAAUCUUGUAA